AUGGCCUCACAUGUCGACCUCGUCAUGAAUCCCUGGGAAGCCAAAGCUCUCGAUUACCAUUAUCCAGCCGAAACAUUGCCUUCUGCUACAGGGAGGCCAUCCAGUGUUUCUAGAGGCCCAUGGCAGGCCAUGUCAAAUUCCGUUUUCUAUCCCGGCCUGUAUUCAGCAACGGGCUUCGAUAUCAUGGGCAUAUUGAUGAGUCUAAGGGCCCGACCGAACCCACAAGUUGAAAUUGGGAAGCUCGACUGCUCCGUGGCUCUCGUGCUCUGUAACCUUGAAGAGCCUGACGACCCUAUAGUGUACGCAUCGGAUGCAUUCUGUGCCCUCACCGGCUAUUCACAAGCAGAGGUCAUCGGCAAAAAUUGCCGAUUCCUCCAACAGCCACACCCUAGCUCAUGGGACAUGUCUAAGAGCAAGCCCAAGCACGACAAGCACGCAGCCUCAAAAAUGCGGCACGCACUUCAAGCCGAACAGGAGAUCCAGCUACGCGUUAUAAACUAUCGAAAAGAUGGUCGCCGAUUCAUCAAUCGCGUCAGUAUUGUACCGGUGACAUUAAAUGGUUCUGGCUACCGCUAUGCUGUUGGGUUACUGAACGAUGAUUCAUAG